GCUUGACGAUAUCAAGUUUAACGCUGUUUCACCAUCAAGACUGCCCGAAAAUGACACCGAGGUACAUUUUAACAUCCUGGAUUCUUUAUGCCCGAUGCUUUCUAAUCCUUGUAAUCCGCUAGAACAAAGCCUAAUCGAACGGAUUUUGACCUCACUCAAACCUGCACUGAACCAAUAUCACGGUUACUAUGAUGCUCGGGAGCAAACAUCGAACGGUCACGGCAAAAUAGAAAAAAUUGCCCGGUGCUGGGGAAAGUCCGGUCGCCGUCGUUCGAUAAAUGCUGCAAGCAUUGAAGAUUCGAUCAAACUCUUUAAUGAUUCGUUCCUCAUUCGCCAGAAGGUCGGAGAAGGUGGAUUUGGCAGAGUCUAUCGUGUGUUGGAGACGAAUGCAGGCACGGAUAGUCAUGAGGAUUCGCGAGAACCUCUUGCCUUAAAACUUCAGAUACCUCCUAGUGCUUGGGAGUUUUAUAUUAUCAGAAAAUUGCACGAAAAAGUUCCUCCACCGUUGAUUGACUCUAUAAUAACCGCCAAAUCGUUGUAUUAUUACAAGGACGAAAGUUAUAUGCUCACUGAAUUUUGUCACCAUGGAUCUAUUUUGGACGCCGUCAACAAAGUUAAAAAACUUAAUACCUCCAUGGAUGAAAUAUUG